CACAAAAACAUGGCCCGUACGAAGCAGACCGCCCGCAAGUCCACCGGCGGCAAGGCCCCGCGCAAGCAGCUGGCCACCAAGGCGGCGCGCAAGAGCGCCCCGGCCACGGGCGGCGUGAAGAAGCCUCACCGCUACCGGCCCGGCACCGUGGCGCUGCGCGAGAUCCGGCGCUACCAGAAGUCGACCGAGCUGCUGAUCCGCAAGCUGCCGUUCCAGCGCCUGGUGCGCGAAAUCGCGCAGGACUUCAAGACGGACCUGCGCUUCCAGAGCUCGGCCGUCAUGGCGCUGCAGGAGGCGAGCGAGGCCUACCUGGUGGGGCUGUUCGAGGACACCAACCUGUGCGCCAUCCACGCCAAGCGCGUCACCAUCAUGCCCAAGGACAUCCAGCUGGCCCGCCGCAUCCGUGGGGAGCGCGCCUGAGCGUUCCACCUCCCUUCCCUCCCCCACAAAGGCUCUUUUCAGAGCCACU